AAAAAGUUAUCGCAGCAGUUUCAACUCGGUCGUGGCAUUGCAAGAGAGUCUGCGAGCAAAAAGAAAAAAAAAACGCAUUUUCGUUCGCUUUUCCCCGGUCGCGUUCCAGAUUUCGUGUGCGGUCCUCCGGUGAAUGUGAGGCCAUCGCGCGCGUGUGUCCACCCAUCUCGAGUCUAGUCCCCUGCCGGAGGUGGCCACUGCCACAGAGAAGCAGGCCAAUAAGCGCCCCGAGGUUGUAAGAAAGAGGCAGCGGAGGAGGACGAAAAAUUUGCUCUCCACACACACGGCCAUCUUGAAAGUUGUUCCCCUCUUCGUCGUCGUCGCCUACUCUGCUGUCGCGCAAGUUUGACGGUCGGAACGGAACGACGGAUUUGCGGGUUGAAGCGACGGAGUAGCAAGAGAGAAGGCGGAGUUGCGCCAGCCUGGGGGUUUUGUUGGUGGAGAAGAACGCGGGAUUGAGCCAAGAAGGCGCUUGAACGGGAUUGCACGACCCGUGUGUCCGCGGGAGUGACCCGGUUUGUUCCCGUUUUUCUCGUUCUCUUUGUUGAGCAGCAGCAGCAGCUGCAGCUUUGUUGGAACUGCUGGAAUUAGAGAGAGAGAAAGAGCAGUGAAAUCUACCCUGCCAAGGAUUGCCUUGAAAGAACCGGAGAAGCAGGUGCCUUGAACCGCCGCUGAACAGCGCGAGUCAACCCGGAGCAGUUCCUGGCAGGUUUCCACCCCCUGUGUAUGUCCAGAUUAUGCCGGAGCUCCGCGACCCAAUGUCUACAUAGCCAUGGCUGCGACGCGAAAGUUGCAAGGUGAAAUCGAUCGGUGUCUGAAGAAGGUCACUGAGGGUGUGGAAACGUUCGAGGACAUUUGGCAAAAGGUGCACAAUGCCACGAACAGUAACCAAAAGGUACGUAUACAAAAGGAAAAGUAUGAAGCCGAUCUCAAGAAGGAAAUCAAAAAGCUGCAGCGGCUACGCGACCAGAUCAAGUCAUGGAUCGCGUCCGGCGAGAUCAAGGACAAGAGCGCGCUGCUGGAGAAUCGACGCCUCAUAGAGACCCAAAUGGAACGCUUCAAGGUAGUCGAGCGGGAGACGAAAACGAAAGCGUACUCCAAGGAGGGUUUGGGGGCGGCCCAGAAGAUGGACCCGGCGCAGCGGGAGAAGGAAGAGAUUAGCGCGUGGUUGGCGACCUCGAUCAGCUCGCUGCAGAUCCAGAUCGACCAGUUUGAGUGCGAGAUCGAGUCGCUGAUAGCGGGCAAGAAGAAGAAGCUGGAUAAGGACAAGCAGGAGAAGAUGGACGAGCUGAAGGGGAAGCUGGAGAGGCACAAGUUCCACGUGACGAAGCUGGAGACGUUGCUGCGGAUGCUGGACAACGAGAGCGUCGACGUGGACCAGAUCAAGAAGAUCAAGGAGGACGUCGAGUACUACAUCGAUUCGUCGCAGGAGCCCGACUUUGAGGAGAACGAGUACAUCUACGACGAUAUCAUCGGGCUGGAUGAGGUUGAGAUUUCCGGUAUUGGAGCGUCCGCCGGUACGGAAAGCAACAAUAGCAACGAAACGGCAGGAUCUCCGAGCAGCUUAAUCUCCGGCAACAGUCCGCCCCCGUCGCCCGUCAUGAACUGCAGUGCGGCGUCGACGGCGAUGCACAACCACAGCGGCGGGGACCUGUCCGCCGGUUUGGUGAGUAGUAUAGGCGGCGUUGCGCUACUCGACGCCGACAAGCGGCCCAAGGAUGUCAAGAUUACGCCAAUAAAACCGACGGCGAUCCGGGCAACGAGCGGCAGCAAGAUGGACCUCAGCUUAACGACGGCAGCGAUCGUCGGCGGCACGGCGGUGAGUCUCGGUGCGGGCACCAACAAUGCCAAUGCCAGCAGCAACAACAAUACGUCCAUCGGUGGCAAGCCGGGCCUGAUCAGCUCGACGCCCAGCAAGCUCCACACGAACGCGGCAGCGAUCGUGGCAGGAGCGGGCGUGAUCGUACCCAACAGUAGCGGUAUCGUGGCACCCCAGCAGCCGCCCGGUGUCAUCGUCCAGCCCCUUAUCGGUCCGGCGUUCGCGGCCGUCGCGAAGCAGCAUCCUAAAAACGGUUCCCUGCACCAGUCCAGCGUGUCCGGCUCGUCGACGACGUCCUCGACGGCGUCCAGUGCUAGCCAGCCGCCGUCGGGUGCCGCCGCCGUGGCACCGAACGCGUCCGGCGCCACCGUCAGCAACCUCAGUCAGAUUGUGAACGCAUCUCAACCUACGCUUAGCCAGCAGUUGCAGCAGCAGCAAGCGCAACAGCAGCAGACCUCUCUCGCGUCCAGUUUGUUGACGAACGCGGCCGCCGUGGUAGCCGGUUCGACACCAACGUCGCAGCAGCAAGUCGCGAGCGGCCCCAAUUCCAUACCUCUGCCACACGGAGGCGCUCUCUCGUCAGCGUCGGCCGGAAUCGAAAACAACCACGUCAUGACGAGCUCGGCCGCGUCCUCCACGAUCAACAACUGCGUUUCGCCCAGCAACUCGGCGGUCAGCAGCAGAGCGUCGCCAAGCUUAAUGUCCCCGCCACAACAGCAGCAGCAGCUGCUGAACGGUCCAGCAAUACUCGGUAAGAAUGCCGUACCCCAUCUGCAUAUCGCAGACACUCACCCGAUGUCUACAUUGAAAACCAUAGCCCAGGAAGUGAUAAACCGAACCGGUGGUGGUUUGGAAGCUGGUCAAUCGCCAGCGACCGGCGCACUGCUCCAGCAACAGCCCUCGCAAGCCGGCGGCCAGCAGCAGCAACCUCCGACGGCACAGCAACAGCCACAGCCCCAACCAGAUACGAGACAACCGGGCGCUGGUCAACAGCAACAGCAACCACAAGCCCCCCAACAGCAGCAGCAGCAACCUCCGCCGUUCUCCCUCGUGGACCCUGCGACGGCGGCGGCGGCGGCCGCCAACAGUGCAAACUCUCUGAUACCAACGUCGUCAUCUACUGCCAUCAGCAACGGGCCGAACGCGAUCAAUAUCAACACCAGCACUAGUAUUGUGGCGAACCCGGCGGCCAACAACAACCCGAACGUGCUGUCGAGCGCCGGCGUUGUCCCCGGCAUGAAGACGGCCGGCACGAACGAAGCGCACAUACCGCCCCUGCUGGGCGUGGCACCGCUCGGGCCGUCGCCACUGCAGAAGGAACACCAGAUACAAUUCCAAAUGAUGGAAGCCGCGUAUUACCACUUGCCAACGCCAAGUGACUCGGAACGGUUACGGACGUACCUGCAGCGGCAGCCCGUACCGACGCCACAGCAUUAUCCACAGGUGAGUUGGAUCAAGCAAUACUCCAUUUCCCAAACACAGACGUGAAUUU